AAAAAAAAUUGAAAAAAAAGAAAAUCAUGCCGACGUCCCUCAAUCAUUACAAAAAACGAGAUUAGAUCCUUACAAUCCGCGCGAACGCGUCGGCGACGCGUUUCCGAGCGCCACGUGUCCAAUUACGGCAAUAACUUCCCAGAUCCAACUGUAAAUCACGACAACCAUAAAUACCCUCACAACUGAAGUCGACGAUCCCAUUUCUCACACAAUCAAUCUCAAUCAUGUCGUACUUCCCUAAAGGCCACCACGACUCCGGCGACGAGGUCGACGACUUCGACGACUACGAUCCCACCCCCUACGGCGGCGGCUACAACAUCGAAUUAACCUACGGCCGCGCCCUGCCCCCCUCCGACGAGACCUGCUACCGCAACACCUCCUCCGCCUCCGACGACUUCGACUACGACCGCCCCCAAUACACCUCCUCCGCCGAGCCCUCCGCCUACGGCCAAGACGCCCUCGACAACGAGUACAAGAGCUACGCCCGCCCCAAACCCCGCCCCGGCGCCACUCGCCCCGGCGCCGGCGGCUACGGCGUCGACUCCGGCCACGAAUCGGGCGGCCGGAGGCCCGAACACGGAUCCUCCGGCGGCGGCGGCGGCGGGUAUGGUAGGAAGCCCGAAUACGGUGAGCAAGGAUCCGAAUACGGAUCCGGCGGAGGCGGGUAUGGUCGGAAACCCGAGUAUGGGGAGCAAGAAUCCGAAUACGGAUCCGGCGGAGGCGGGUAUGGUCGGAAGCCCGAAUACGGUGAGCAAGGAUCCGGCGGCGGCGGGUAUGGUAGGAAACCCGAGUACGGGGAGCAAGGAUCCGAAUACGGAUCCGGCGGCGGCGGGUAUGGUAGAAAGCCCGAGUACGAGGAGCAAGGAUCCGAAUAUGGAUCAGGGAGGAGGCCCGGAUACGAGCAGCCCGCAUCGGAAUACGGAUCGGGCGGGUACGGGAGGAGGCCCGAAGCUGAAUCUGAGUAUGGAUCUGGGCAGGGGCGGAGGCCCGAGAGGGAGGAAUAUGGAUCUGGCGGGUAUGGGAGGAAGAGUGAGGAUGAGAGUGGUGGGUAUGGGCGGAGGCCGGAGAGGAGUGAGUAUCAGACUGAGGGUUAUGAGAGACCCAGCUAUGGUAGGUCUGAGGAAGAGGAUUACAGGAAGCCUAGCUACGAGAGGCGUGAUGAUGAUGAAGAGGGGAGGAGCUAUGGCCGCAAGAAAUAUGUGAGAUUUUUUCAUUUUCAUUCUCAUAUGAUUCAUUUCAUGACUUUGAUCGCUCUUUCUUCAAGUUUAUAUGUGCCUUUUUGUUCAUCUUUUGCUAUUGUGAGGUUUAGGAUUGCUAGAUAAUUACAUUUUGGAUAUUUAAGUUGUUUGAAGGCUAUAGGAUUUGUAGAAAUUUGGUAUAUCUUAUAGCCAUUGAUCAUUUCUAUGAUUUGAGAUAUCUUGUUAAAGGCUCUAGAAUCGUAGAAAUCCUUACUAUGGUGAAGAUAAAAAUACUCUAAAGUAAAAUAAAUGCUCUAACAGGUCAAUUAAGCUGUGGUUUGUUGAUGAGAAAGUGUAAUAGGCAUUGAAGCUUGACAAGCAUUUAUGGCUGAUUUAGAGAGUGUUUGGUGCUUAUAAGCUCGUUAAAAUAGUUUAUAAGUUGUUUAUGAGUUUAUAAGCCCCUUCAAAUUGUUUGGUAAAAUAAGCUCUUAAACAAUUUAUAAGUUGUAAAAAUAAGCUUCUGGAGCUUAUUUUUUUCAUAAUUUUAUAUGCAACAAUCGUUUUAUAAAUAUUCUUCAACUAUGAUUUGUUAUUUUAUAUCAUAUCCAUACUUAUAAGCUUAAUUAUCCAAAUACUUUACAUCUUAUAAGCUCUUUAAAGAUAACCUUAACCAAACACUCUUAGUUGGUUGUUUUGAUGAUUGUGGUGGAGUUCCAGUGGUAAAUUAAACAUGUUAUUUUGAGAUUUCUAAAGAUGGAUAAUGUGCAGGGAGAUAAUGAUGAUGAGUCUGAAGACGAGGACAAGCGUGGCAGGCACUCCCACCGCAGGCAAUAUGAUGACUGAUGCUGCCGCUGCCGCUGCCGCCGCCGCCAUUUCCUUUUCCUACUGCUCUGCUCUGCUAAAUAAAGAGACUGUGUGUUGUUCUUCACUUUGCUGUUUGGUUUACUUUUCAGUGUGGUAAUGCAUAUUGAGCUCUUCUUAGCCAUAUGCUUCAAAUAAAGAGAGAAAACUUGACUCUUUGUGAAUUCUUAUAAUUUGUGUGGUUUAUAUAUGAAUACCUCCACAUGUUUGUGGAAGUAUUUGAUUA